AUGGAUACACUUCAUCCGAAUAGUGGAGGCUGGGCCAUUCGCUGUGUCCAGCACAGUCCGUGCCUCUGGCACCAACAGCCUCAAAUCGGACGUGUGCCACGCGCAACUGAACCUUCAUGCGGAGGGACUCAAUCGCAGCGCAUUGCAGUGGAGCAUCGCGGCCCUUCUGGUGCUUCUGGUGUUCCUGCCCUUUUACCUUUUUCUGUUCAUUGCACUUCUUCCAUUAUUCAAUAUUGUUCCGUGAAGGAACCGACUUCUAUCGAAGUCCAAUCGCGCCGUUCCUGCCGGUACUUUCUAGGUCUCUUCUUUUCCGGGGGGCCUCGAACCCAAGCGGCAAUCACGACAAGCCCAGACUGGGAAAGCACGGCCUUCCUCCAGGUUCCUUGUCUAGCGCCUGCCUUUUCUGCCGUGGAUCGACGCCUCUUUUCAUUUCUCCUCCCGUGA